ACCCAUCCUCCCCGCAGGCCCCGCCACUCGACCGCACCCACCAGGGCCCCGCCCCCUGGCUACGCCCACCCACCCACCCACUGGCCCCGCACCUCGGCUAUACCCACCCUCGUGCGGGCCCCGCGCGUCUUCCCCACCCUGCCCGUCUGCCUACCCCGCCCCUCGCCCCCACACGUUCUCUACGCAGGCCCCCGUCCCUCUGCCCCACCCUGUUCUCGCCACUGGCCCUGUCCCCAUUUGCCGGCGCCCUUCCUCUUCGCUUCCCCGUAGCUCCCGCUUUCGCCUCGUCGUUUACGACUCCGUUGGGCUCCGGCCCUCCCAGAGAGGCCUCCAUAGCGCAGGUUCGUGGGUUCUCGCGGACCUUUUUCCGUGUAGCUUUCUCCUUCUUCCCGGCAUUCCUGCUUCCGUUUUCUCACAGCCCUCUGGCUUUUCCACCGAGACACUUUGCGCUCAGGACUUCAGUGACGUCAUCUUUCUGCGGCGCGCGGACACCCGCCGGUGGAAGAAGAAACAGCUCCGCCGUCCUUCGCUUCUUUUGCUGGGCUGCUGCUCCUUCGGCAUCAUGGCGCCGUCACUGUGGAAGGGGCUGGUGGGCAUCGGUCUCUUUGCCCUAGCCCACGCCGCCUUUUCCGCUGCGCAGCAUCGUUCUUAUAUGCGAUUAACAGAAAAAGAAGAUGAAUCACUGCCAAUAGAUAUAGUUCUUCAGACACUUCUGGCCUUUGCAGUUACCUGUUACGGUAUAGUUCAUAUUGCAGGAGAGUUUAAAGACAUGGAUGCCACUUCAGAACUGAAAAAUAAGACAUUUGAUACGUUAAGGAAUCACCCAUCCUUUUAUGUAUUUAAUCAUCGUGGUCGAGUACUUUUCCGGCCUUCGGAUACAGCAAAUUCUUCAAACCAAGAUGCAUUGUCCUCUAACACAUCAUUGAAGUUACGAAAACUCGAAUCACUGCGUCGUUAAGAUUUUUACAAAUUAUAAUAAUAGGACACGACACAGAGCUGGAAUAUUGGAGUUUGGGGUAUAAAACACUCCUCCCUGCCCCCAUUAGUAUUUAUAUUGAUCUUUCAGACCUACUUUAGUAAAAAAAACAUGGCCCUUGUUUAUAUACUAUUAAUCCAAUCAUUAAUGCAGUGUAAGUUAUAUAUGAAAUGAGUCUUUGGUAUUUCAUAUAGGAAUUAUUUUUUUUCAUUUAAAACAAAUCCACAUCUUUUGUAAAAGCCACUGUUUUGAACACAUUUCCUUGAAAAAUGUUGGUGGUUUUUGUGAUUAUUUAUUUUUUUAGAUUUCUUUUCUUUUGCACUACAAUUUUUGGAAUCCUUUUGGAAAUACUGUGUGACUGCUGUGUUUUGCAGCAUGAAUUAUAGUAAAAUGGUCUUCAAUUCUUAACAAAUGGACUUCCCUGAUGAGACCAAAAUGGUGAUUUAACAGUUUUUCUUGUGUCCCCUAAAAAGUGGCUCUGCUUCAGAAGUACUUGCCAGUUUUUAAUUUAUUUGUGACUUUUCACCCUACCCUGCUCCCAUAUACCUUCUACCAUCAGCUGUCUUGUUUCAUCAUUUCUCUGAGAUUCUGUGUGCAGUGAGCAAUUUUUGUGUCAGAAAUUCUUUGUCAGAACAAAUGUAUGUAACAGGCUCAACUUACUGUAAAGCUGCUUGUGUUCUCUUUAUUUAUCUGUAAAAUUUUCCCUAAUUGAUUAUAUAGUGUAAGAAUAGUUGAAGACUAGUUGAAGACCUUUUGUGAUUUCAUUAUCAUGCCUAUGCAGAAGAAAAAUCAUUGAGGAAAAUUGUCAGCCAGUUUAACUGAUUCAAACUCUGUUUAUUUCAUACUAAACUAGUGAAUAAAUGAAAUAAAGGAAACUCGUCAUUAAUCUAAAGACAGAGUUCAAAGGAAUUGGGCCAAAUAUAUUCUCAGUAUUUGGAACUAAUGUUUUUAAGGUUUUUAGGAAAAUCAGGUCAUUUAAGAAAUUGUUUUGUAGUUUCUGGUUCAUAGCAGGCUUCAAGUUUUCCAUCUUCACUGUAUGUUGCUGAAAGUGAGGAUGAGGAUACAGAGUUGAUAUUUUUAGAAACAGUAAUUUUACUUUUAAGGAAAUUGGCUAGCUCUUUGAGCUAGAGAGCUGUAGGAAGCUCAACAUUUCUUUGUAGAGAACGUUGCUUUUUUUGGAUUGUACAGGUAUAAAAACAUUGCUUUUGUUGAAUUGUAUAGGUGUAAAAAGGGAAUAACUGUAUGCAGGUUUGAAAAGGAAAUGUGCUUUAGGCAUGAGUCAUAAGAUGCCAUUGUACUUGUAGGCAUUUUAUUUUCCUUUAGAAAUGGACAUCAGCUCUUCUCUUCUGACUGGUAACACAUAGCCCCAAAGCAUGAGAUUAUUUUUCAUUGGGUUUUUAUUGUUGUUUAGUUUUGGUUUGUUACGUCAGCCCAGUCUGUCUGCGGAACACUGACUCUGCUCUCUAAUGAGAACAAAGUUAGAUAUCUGCCGAUAACCUAAAAUAAUUUAGAAAUGAAUUAAAAAUGUGAAAUCGGGUUAAAGUGAUGAUGAUAAAAUAGCAUGCAAGAAACAAGCUCCUUCCAUCAGACUUGGCUACUAUUUUCUUCUGGUAUGAUUUGGUUUGGAAGAGCCUCUUGUUUCCUUCUCUUUGGGGUAUGUCUUCGUUUCUUAAUAUGUUUGUAACAUUAUUGAGAUAUAAUUCACAUACCUUACAAUUCACUUAUUUUAAGGGUACAAUUUAGUGGUUUUUAGUGUAUUCACAAAGUUGUGUAACCGUGACCACAGUCAAUUUUAGAACAUUUCGUUACCCCAAAAAGAAACCCUGUACCCUUGAGCAGUCACCUCUCAUUUUCCCCCAGUGCCCACCCCGUCCCCGAGCCCCUGGCAACCACUAAUCUAUUUCUCUCUCUGUAGAUUUGCUUAUUCUGGUCAUUUCAUAUAAAUGGAAUUCUACAAUAUUUGGUCUUUUGGGACUGGCUUCCCAAAUAUGAUUUUCUAUAUGGAGUGAGAAAAUUCUUCUCAUCUUGAGAACUCUUAUUGCUGUGAAAGGGAGUGGUUGGUAAAAUCAAUAGAUUUCAGGCAGGAGGGCCAGAUACCUAACAGGUUUUUCUCCGUGAAUCUUAUGCUGAGUAGUUUUUCCUCAUAACCAAGCAUUUAUGAUAUAUUACUACUUAUAAUACUGUGGCUAGUCUCUAGAAUGGAUGUUGAAAUCUUUGCCUCCUCAGUCGGGAAGAGUCCUGCUAAAAAUCAGGCUAAAAAUCAGGCCAAAAAUCAGGCCAAAUGACUUGGCAAAUAAUUGACAAAGUGGUUUUCACGUGUGUCUAUCUUUGCUAGCAGCUUGUAUACCUCAGGCCAGGUGAGCUCCCCAAAUUUCUUUUUUCAUUUACUCCAGUGAGUUUCUGCUGUCUUUUUCAAGUAUGUACCAUAGGACUUAAAGGUGAUUUGGAUGCGUUGUAACACUGCUAAAUAUGCUAAGUACAGAAUUUUAUUUACAGUACUGUGAGACAGUCAAUUAUUGCCUAGGGUAGUUCAAAAAUAUGAUGUGAGCUAGUUAAGCCUUUACUUGACUGAUUUCAGUGAUAUUCAGAAGUGUGUACCAAUCAUGGCUCUUUAAAAUACGGAACAACUCACUUAAUAACCAGGGAACCAGCCAAAUACUGUGCAGCCGCAGAAUAUGCAUAUCAAUGAAUUGGAGGUGAUUAUUCUCUGUAACUCCCUAAUGAUUGUUUUCUAAGCAUUGUGGCUUCUCAGUGGCUUGACAGCAUCUUCCUGGUUGUAUGUGGCCUGUUUACAUGAUGUAUUGAAUAAUGUUGUUUGUUGUGAGCAUCAAUGCCUGUAACACCAAACUAAACACAUGUUUUUGGGAUAUGUUUCCAAUCUUUAAAUGACCUUGCCCUGUCCAAUAAAUAAAUGAUUGUCUCACCCUG